AUGGCGUCCUGGUUCAGCUGGAAUGAGCCUUACUACCGCAGCCCCCGGCGGGACCCGGCGGACGUGGUGACGGACACCCUGAUGCUGGAGUUCAGCUGGCAGCUGAAGGAGGCCGAGAGGCAGCAGCGAGAGAGGGAGAACGAGUACCGGCGUAUCCAGACCGGAGUGGACUACAGCUGGCUGGUUACCACCCCCCGCACCUCCUAUAGCAUCAGCACCGGGGAGAGGCUGGGCCUGGAGGACCUCUGCUCCAAGGUGCCCCCGUCCUACUGUGGGCUGCUCAUACUGAAGUUCCGCGAGGCGAUGGUUGCCAAUGAACCUGAGGUGCAGGAGGUGUCCGGCCUGUUCCGUACCAUCCUCCUGGAGGCUUUGGACCGCCUGAAGGAGGAGGAGGAGACAGAACGGCUUGCUCGCCAGUGGAACAACAGACGUUCCAUGAGCAUGUCCCUCAUGAACUUCAGGUCCCGCGUCAAGAUUAACCCUUUCGGCAGCACAGUAGGCCUUACCACGGCCGUACCCGACGGGACAGAGAUAAGCGAUCUCAAAACCGUCUCAGAGGACGUAGAGCGAGGGAUGGAGAUGGAGAGGGAGAAGGAGGUAGAGGGGGCCCAGAAGGUGUGGAGCAUGCCCGACAUCAGAUACAAAGGACUCAGGACCAACAGAAUUGUCUAAGCUGGGAACGACCACGUGAGGGCAAUGGUGGUGGCCUAUGCUCCAGUGAGACGGAUUGGUCUGACUGCUGAUCCAUGAGAUCCUGCGCCGUGUC